AUAAAAGAGACGAAAAACAGGGGGAGGUUUCCAAAAAUAAAAGCGUCCGACUCCCCUUCGGAGGGCUGCAGAGACGGGGAGACGGCGCGAAGGUGCUGCGGCGGUGCGCGCCUGGCUGGAGAGGAGCGGACCCAGCUCGGGGCGCGCAGCCCUCGCCCCGGGAAGGCUGGCUCGGAGCCCCUAGACCCCGAGGAGCCCGCCGCCGCCGGGGGAGCGCAGCGCAGCCGCCGCAAGCCCCCGGGGCAGUUCCCCCCGCUCGCCGCUCCCCAGUGGCCCCCGGCGCCAUGAGGCCCCCGACCACCCACCGCUGCCCCGGGCGCGCCCCGCGGAACCCCUGUGGGAGCCUCCUGGCCCUCACCCUGGCUCUCUUCGUGGGCAUGGGCCAUGCUCAGAGGGACCCGGUGGGAAGAUACGAGCUGGCUGGCAGGGACGCGAAUCGGCUGCGCCGCCCCGGGGGCAGUCACCCCGCAGCGUCUGCAGCCAAGGUGUACAGUCUGUUCCGAGAGCAGGACGCGCCAGUGCCGGGCUUGCCGCCCACGGAGCGGGCCCAGCCGGGCUGGGGGAGCCCCCGGAGGCCCGCCGACGCGCUGGCCAGGAGGCCGCCCCGCGCGCAGCAGCCGCGGCGAGCCCAGCCACCUGCGCAGACCUGGAGGAGCAGCCCCGCGGGCCAGCAGCAGUCCGCAGCCCGCGCGCGGGUCGCCCCGGCUCUCCCGCGCCUCGGAACCCUCCAGCGGCCCGGGGCUGCGCCCCCAACCCCGCCGCGAGGGCGGCUGACGGGGAGGAAUGUCUGCGGGGGACAGUGCUGCCCAGGAUGGACAACAGCAAACAGCACCAACCACUGUAUCAAACCUGUGUGCCAGCCACCCUGCCAGAACAGGGGAUCCUGCAGCCGGCCCCAGCUCUGCGUGUGCCGCUCUGGCUUCCGUGGAGCCCAUUGUGAGGAGGUCAUUCCUGAGGAGGAAUUCGACCCCCAGAACUCAAGGCCAGCACCCCGACGCUCAGCUGAGGGAUCACCCAACCUGCGAAGGAGUAGUGCAGCCAGAGAAAGCACCACGACCCCCAGAACACGGUCCCUGGCAUCACAGCUGCCACUGGUCAGGACCCUGAGUGGGCUCAGCCAGACCCAGCCCUCCCAGCAGCACAUGGGGCUGUCCCGGACCGUCCGGCUUUACCCAACCACCACAGCCAAUGGUCAGCUCACCUCCAAUGCCCUGCCCGCAGGGCCAGGCCUUGAGCGGAGAGAUGGCGCCCAGCAGGCAGCGUAUCUGGACCACCCGUCACCCCCCUGGGGACUGAACCUCACUGAGAAAAUCAAGAAGAUCAAGAUCGUCUUCACUCCCACCAUCUGCAAGCAGACUUGUGCCCAUGGGCACUGUUCCAACAGCUGUGAGCGCGGUGACACCACCACCUUGUAUAGCCAGGGCGGUCAUGGGCAUGACCCCAAGUCUGGCUUCCGCAUCUAUUUCUGCCAGAUACCCUGCCUGAACGGAGGCCGCUGCAUCGGCCGGGACGAGUGCUGGUGCCCCGCCAACUCCACCGGCAAGUUCUGCCACCUGCCCUCCCCGAAGCUGGACGCAGGGCCAGGGGAGCGGGGCUCCCGGCUUGGGGCCCUGCUGGAAGGCCCCUUGCGGCAGUCCACCUUCACACUGCCCCUCUCCAACCAGCUGGCUUCCGUGAACCCCUCCUUGGUGAAAGUGCAUAUCAACCACCCGCCGGAGGCCUCUGUGCAGGUCCACCAGGUGGCACGGGUGCGGGGCGAGGCCCCGGAGGAGAACAGCGUGGAGACCAGACCCUCACCCCGGCUCCCUGCCAGCCCCCGCCACAGCCAUUGGGACGGCAACAGCAUCCCCGCGCGGUCUGGAGAGGCCCCUCAGCCGCCACCCCCUGCAGCACCCAGGCCCCCUGGACGGCUGGGCCGGUGUUAUCUGAGCUCCGUGAAUGGACAGUGUGCCAACCCCUUGCUGGAGCUGACUGCCCAAGAGGAUUGCUGUGGCAGUGUGGGAGCCUUCUGGGGAGUGACCUCAUGUGCCCCAUGCCCACCCAGACCAGCCUCCCCGGUGAUUGAAAAUGGCCAACUGGAGUGUCCCCAGGGGUACAAGAGACUGAAUCUCACUCACUGCCAAGAUAUCAACGAGUGCCUGACCUUGGAUCUGUGCAAGGACUCGGAGUGUGUGAACACCAGGGGCAGCUACCUGUGCACCUGCGGGCCUGGCCUCAUGCUGGACCCAUCCAGGAGCCGCUGCGUGUCCGACAAGGCCAUCUCCAUGCAGCAGGGGCUGUGCUACCGGUCACUGGGUCCUGGCACCUGCGCCCUGCCUUUGGCCCAGAGCAUCACCAAACAAAUAUGCUGCUGCAGCCGAGUGGGCAAAGCCUGGGGCAGCAAGUGUGAGAGAUGCCCCCUGCCUGGCACAGAGGCCUUCAGGGAGAUCUGCCCGGCUGGCCACGGCUACACCUACUCGAGCUCACAUAUCCGCCUGGCCAUGAGGAAAGCUGAAGAGGAGGAACUGGCCAGGCCCUCCAGGGAGCAAGCACAGAAGAGCUACGGGACCCUGCCUGGGCCAGCAGAGAGGCAGCCACUCCGAGCAGUCACUGACACCUGGCUAGAGGCCGAGACCAUCCCUGACAAGGGAGAUUCUCGGACUGGCCAGGUCACAACCAGUGUUACCCAAGUACCUGCCUGGGUCCCAGGAGAUGCCGUAGAAAGACCAACGCCACCGGUUCCUGGACAGGGGAUCCCAGACAACCAGGAAGAAGAGCACGUGACCACCCCUGCUGAGGAGCUGGUGGCCCUGGGCCCCUCAGGCAUUGACAGAUGUGCCGCUGGAACCACCAACAUCUGUGGCCCUGGAACCUGUGUGAACCUCCCAGAUGGGUACAAAUGCAUCUGCAACCCCGGCUACCAGUUGCAUCCCAGCCAAGCCUACUGCACGGAUGACAACGAGUGUCUGAGGGACCCCUGUGCAGGAAGAGGGCACUGUGUCAACCGAGUGGGUUCCUACUCCUGCUUCUGCUACCCUGGCUACACACUGGCCACCUCAGGGACCACACAGGAAUGCCAAGAUGUAGACGAAUGCGAGCAGCCAGAGGUGUGCAGCGGGGGACGAUGUACCAACACGGAGGGUUCGUACCACUGCCAGUGUGACCAGGGCUACAUCAUGGUCAGGAAGGGACACUGUCAAGAUAUCAACGAAUGCCGUCACCCUGGCACCUGCCCUGAUGGGAGAUGCGUCAACUCCCCCGGCUCCUACACUUGCCUCGCCUGUGAGGAGGGCUACAGGGGCCAGAGUGGGAGCUGUGUAGAUGUAAAUGAGUGUCUGACCCCUGGGGUCUGUGCCCAUGGAAAGUGCAUCAACCUGGAGGGCUCCUUUAGAUGCUCCUGUGAGCAGGGCUACACGGUCACCUCAGAUGAGAAGGGCUGCCAAGAUGUCGACGAGUGUGCCAGCCGGGCCUCGUGCCCCACGGGCCUCUGCCUCAACACCCAGGGCUCCUUCACCUGCUCAGCCUGCGAGAGCGGCUAUUGGGUGAAUGAAGAUGGCACCGCCUGUGAAGACCUAGAUGAGUGUGCCUUCCCGGGAGUCUGCCCCACAGGAGUCUGCACCAACACCGCCGGCUCCUUCUCCUGCAGGGACUGCGAGGAGGGCUACCGGCCCAGCCCCCUGGGCCACACAUGUGAAGAUGUGGAUGAGUGUGAAGACCUCCAGAGCAGCUGCCAGGGAGGCGAGUGCAAGAACACGGCUGGCUCCUACCAGUGCCUCUGCCCCCCAGGCUUCCAGCUGGCCAAUGGCACCGUGUGUGAGGAUGUGGACGAGUGUGUGGGAGAGGAGUACUGUGCACCCUAUGGCGAGUGCCUCAACAGCCACGGGUCUUUCUUCUGUCUCUGCGCACCAGGCUUCGCCAGCGCAGAGGGGGGCACCAGCUGCCAGGAUGUGGAUGAAUGUGCAGUCACAGACCAGUGUCUGGGAGGACACUGUGUCAACACCGAGGGCUCCUUCAACUGUCUGUGCGAGACCGGCUUCCAGCCUUCCCCGGAGAGCGGGGAGUGUGUGGAUAUUGAUGAGUGCAAGGAUUAUGGAGACCCAGUAUGUGGGGCCUGGAGGUGUGAGAACAGCCCUGGCUCCUACCGCUGUGUCCUGGGCUGCCAGCCCGGCUUCCACAUGGCUCCAACUGGAGACUGCAUCGACAUAGACGAGUGUGCCAACGACACCAUGUGUGGGAGCCACGGCUUCUGCGACAACACUGACGGAUCCUUCCGCUGCCUCUGUGACCAGGGCUUCGAGGCUUCGUCCUCCGGCUGGGACUGUGUUGACGUGAACGAGUGCGAGCUCAUGCUGGCGGUGUGUGGGGCGGCGCUCUGCGAGAACGUGGAGGGCUCCUUCCUCUGCCUCUGUGCCAGUGACCUGGAGGAGUACGACGCUCAGGAGGGGCACUGCCGCCCGCGGCUGGCUGGAGGUCAGAGUAUUCCUGAGGCCCCACCAGGGGACCACCCCCCAGGCCCUGUCCGCAUGGAAUGCUACUCUGGGCAGAAUGGCCAGCUGCCCUGCUCCAGCCUUCUGGGCCGGAACACCACACAGGCCGAGUGCUGUUGCACCCAGGGUGCCAGCUGGGGAGACACCUGUGACCCCUGCCCAGCUGAGGACUCAGUUGAAUUCAGUGAGAUCUGCCCUAGUGGUAAAGGCUACAUCCCUGUGGACGGAGCCUGGAUGUUUGGACAGACCACGUAUACAGAUGCAGAUGAGUGUGUGAUGUUCGGGCCUGGUCUCUGCCAGAAUGGCCGGUGCCUCAACACGGUGCCUGGCUACAUCUGCCUGUGCAAUGCUGGCUACCACUACAAUGCCGUCCACAGGAAGUGUGAGGAUCACGACGAGUGCCAGGACAUGGCCUGUGAGAAUGGUGAGUGUGUGAACACUGAAGGCUCCUUCCACUGCUUCUGCAGCCCCCCCCUCACCCUGGACCUCAGCCAGCAGCGCUGCGUAAACAGCACUGGUAGCACAGAGGACCUGCCUGACCACGACAUCCACAUGGACAUCUGCUGGAAAAGAGUCACCAAUUACGUGUGCAGCCAACCCCUGCACGGGCGCCGCACCACCUAUACAGAAUGCUGCUGCCAAGAUGGCGAGGCCUGGAGCCAGCAAUGUGCCCUGUGCCCCCCCAGGAGCUCUGAGGUCUAUGCUCAGCUGUGCAAUGUGGCCCGGAUUGAAGCAGAGCGGGAGGCUGGAGUCCACUUCCGGCCAGGCUAUGAGUAUGGCCCUGGACCCGAGGACCUGCACUACAGCCUCUACAGCCCAGAUGGGGCCCCCUUCUACAACUACCUGGGCCCUGAGGACACCAUCCCAGAGCCACCCUUCCCCAACACAGCCAGCCACACAGGGGACCACACACCAGUUCUUGAGUCACCCCUGCAGCCCUCAGAACUCCAGCCCCACUAUGUGGCUAGCCAGCCAGAGCACCAGGCUGGCUUCGAAGGGCUUCAGGCAGAGGAAUGCGGCAUCCUGAAUGGCUGUGAGAACGGCCGCUGUGUGCGCGUGAGGGAGGGCUACACCUGUGACUGCUUUGAGGGCUUCCAGCUGGACAUGGCCCACAUGGCCUGUGUGGAUGUGAAUGAGUGUGAUGACUUGAACGGGCCUGCUGCACUCUGUGCUCAUGGUCACUGCGAGAACACCGAGGGCUCCUACCGCUGCCACUGCUCCCCAGGUUAUGUGGCCGAGGCAGGCCCCCCACACUGCACUGCCAAGGAGUAGCAGUGAGGGGUCAGUGUGGACAGCUACCUGGAAAUGGGCCCCAGCCUCAGGUAGGGGCCUUGAGGAGGCUUUCCUAGCUGGGAAGACACCAUGAAGAAGCAGGCAGAAGGCCCUGCAGCCCAGCUCCCAGCCAGCCCUGCCUGCUUUUCAGCUCUCCCAGCUUAGGCUCUGGCUGUGAGCUUCUGUCACUGCCUUCAUGCCGCCAUGCCCUUGCUUGGCUCAAACAUCACCAAAUGCUUUAAUGCUUCAGCCGCUGGCCAUGAGGACCAGUCUGCCAUCUGUCCUGGCCUUGCUAUGGGAUGCUUACCAAAGGAUGGCCCUCAUCUACCCCAGCUGUGCAAACAUGCAAGGUGGUUCGACCUCACAUUGCCUUUCCCAGACAGAAUCCACAUAACAUCCUGAUGCUUCCACCACUGGAUCAGAGGUUACAUCUCCCCAGGUCUGGUCCUUCAGUAUCUCUUUAACAAAAAAGGAUUGGGGGAAGUUUGGAAAGUGAUUCCAAGGCCUCCUCCCAAGAACCAUCACCUCAGCCAAUCCCGUCUGGGCCAGAUUUUGCCACAUUUCCAUCCUGUAGCAGUUCUGUAGCCCCAGGGAAGGGCGGAAGAUCCCCUCAUCUCAGGAGGAAAACUGACACUAGCUUGCUGAGUGUUAAGAGACACAAAUGAAGGGGAGCAUGGUGACUGAGCAAGCAGCAAGAGGGCAGUAUGAAAAAUAUGAGGAGUUGAUAAGAAAGGGCCAAGGCGUUCAACAAGGCUGAAGAAAAUGUUCAGUAGCUGUGGGUAAACAUUCGCAAUCUACCCAUGAUAGCUCCUGUGCAUCACAGUAAGGGGUGCCACAGGACAGGGUGCCCAUCUCUGAGGACCCGUAUUAAAUACACAGUUUCUUACAGGAAGCAAAUCUCUCCUGGGCUCUCCUUUUGUGACACCAGUUUGAGGUACUAAAAAUAAGAGGUCUAUUUUCUAGCUUGUGAAAUACAGUGUAGUCUUGUUUAGGGGAAGCCAGAUUUCCUAUUGUUGUUUCUUCUCUCUACUCAGAAGCCCCUGCUGUCUUUCUUUCAAAAAUGGGAUGGCUAGCAUCCUUCUCAGUUUACAAGUAGAGACCCACUCCAACCUUGGCUAGCUAGGAAUUUAGAACUAUGGUGGAAUAAAGAAAUGUACAUCUGG